AUGACCGUCGACGAAUGGGUGAAGAGAGCAGACCCCUCAUCGAUGCCUCCUGCUACAUCAACUCCUGCACAGAUCACGGUAUGUGGUUUUCUAUUGAAGAAAGAUGUUGCGAAAGCUGAGAUCGUAUGGUUCAUGAAUGCUGUAAUGGCCCACGCAUCCCUCCGUUCCGUGGCAUCAUCGGCGGCGCCCUUCCCGUUGGUGCUCCAGUCUUGUGAAAUUGUGAAGAAAAUGCAAUUAGGAAAAGACAAAGUCGAAUAUACUAUCUGUCAUGACAUCGCGCCAUUCUUCCAAAAAAAGCUGCUGUCAGCUCUUGCUGAAGUAUCAUACAUAGCUGUAGCAUUCAAUGAAUCACUAAACAAAGUAGCGCAGAAAGAACAAAUGGAUGUGCUGGUCAGGUACUGCGAUUUGGCUGACGCUACUGUAAAAACUCGAUACCUGACUUCAUGUUUUCUCGGCCACACCUGUUCUGAAGACCUGACACUUGCUUUCAAGAAAGCCACCGAGGACAUAAAGCACAAGAUAUUGCAAGUGUCAAUGGAUGGACCAAAUGUAAACUUCAAGUUUCUUAGGUCUGUUAAGGAAGCACUCAAUGGUCAUGACAGUCGACAAAUCCUGGAAAUUGGAAGCUGUGGCCUGCAUGUGGUUCAUGGUGCCUUCAAAACAGGUCAUGCAGCAACUGGCUGGAAUUUGGUAGUAUUUCUGUGGAUGGAGGUUGGCAAAAAACUACUAGCGAUUCUGCUGGAAAUACUCACACAGCACCGGUGGCUGUCCGGCUUAGAAACAGAACGGGCGCACCGAUCCUAUGUGCAAGCCUGUUGGCUGAGCUCUGCACAGCUACUUCUGAAGAACUUUGAUAGGACGGCACAGGGGACUGGUGGACACCUUGUGAGAAUAGUGUAUGAUGGAGUUUCAGCAGCAGGUGGUGUAGCCAGUGUUGACAUUACAGACAGUGUGGUGGAAAUGGUGCAUGGCGCAAGUAUUCGGUGGAAGGAGGAGCUCAAGAAAAAGAAGCAAGACCGGCUGGAUGCAUCUGAGGCUGAACAAAACUGGAGAAGGACGGCCACCCGCAUCAAGGAACUCCAACAAAAGAAGCAAAGGCUCAUUACUGAAGCACAGAGUGAGGCUUCUCUUCUCCAGCAGGAAAUUGACGCUUUCAAGUGA